CAGCCCAGCAGACUGUUCCUGGAAAAAGAGGAGAGAGUCUGUGGGAAAAGGGGGGAGGAGUCAGAGAGACAGACAGAGGGAGGGCGAGAGAGAGAGAGAGAGAGAUUCACACAGCAGAGAGAGGUAGAGCGCGAACACACAGUGUGUAUGUGUGUGACAGAGAGAGAGCAGUGACAAAGCGAGAGCAAGAGAACAGGCACAGAGCGAGAGAACGAACAGAGCAAGAGAGAGCGAGAACGCACAGUGCUGGACUGCCUGGAUAUCCUCUUCCAUCUGGGAGCCAUCUGUGUUUCUUUGGCUCUGGACUCGGCCACACUGGGGCUCACAUAUGUGGGAACGCAAACACAUGCCUGACAUAUGAAGGCGUGGAGAGGGAGAGAAGACCAAGAUAAGAAAGCAAAAGGCACCCCAGCUGAAUUAGGACCGACAAGAGCCGACUCUGCUAGGGUGGAGACAGUGGAGAGAAGAAGACCCCUGCCAUGCCCGGCUCUCCUGUGGAUGUCAAGACUCAUUCCAAACCAGCCCCCAGCAGCAGUGCCACCAUGCCCCCCCUGCCCUCCAUCAACCCCAGCGGGCCCCGGCCAGCCUCCUUCUCCUCCACCACACUGACCAAUGGGAUCCACCACUCCCCACCCAUGCUGAACGCCGUGCCCUCGCCGCCCCAGCGCUACAGCAACGGGCCUAGCUCCUCUUCUUCCUCCUCGCUGGCCAAUCAGCAGCUCCCGGCCACGUGCGGCGCCAGGCAGCUCAGCAAGCUCAAACGCUUCCUGACGACGCUGCAGCAGUUCGGCAACGACAUCUCGCCUGAAAUCGGAGAGAGCGUCCGCAACCUGGUGCUGGCCCUCGUGAAUUCAACGGUCACCAUCGAGGAGUUCCACUCGCGGCUCCAAGAGGCCACCAACUUCCCCCUGAGACCCUUCGUCAUUCCCUUCCUCAAGGCCAACCUGCCACUGCUGCAGAGGGAGUUGCUCCACUGUGCGCGUGCAGCCAAGCAGACCCCGGCCCAGUACCUGUCCCAACACGAGCACCUCCUGCUCAGCACCACACUGGCCUCGCCCCCCGACUCCUCAGAACUGCUGCUGGAGCCCAGCGAGAGAGACAUGGCCACCAAGAGACACAGCCCUAACCGGGCCAAAGAGAAUGGCUUCCACGAGCGCCCGCCCGCCCCCCUGGAGCCACCAACCAAGCGCAUCUGCACCAUCAGCCCUGCGCCCCGCCACAGCCCGGCCCACCCCCUGCCCCUCAGCGCUCAGCUGCAUCCCACGCCGCCCCCACUGCAACACUACGCCCUCGAGGACAUCAGCACCCCCCACCUACUGCACCGCGAGAGCAGCCACCGGAUACUGGAGCUCCGCGAGCUCAAGGACAGGCCUAGACUACCAGGCACUAACGGGGGCUACCGCGAGGAGCCCGUGGACCACAGGCUGACAGACCGAGAGUGGGCCGACGAGUGGAGGCAUCUGGAUCAUGUGUUGAACUGCAUCGUGGACAUGGUGGAGAAGACGCGGCGCUCUGUGGCCGUGCUCCGCCGCUGCCAGGAGUCAGAUCGCGAGGAGCUCAACUACUGGCGGCGGCGCUCCAGCGAGCAGGAGGACCCCCGCAAGGGAGGGGCUGCCACCAUGCCCGCACCCUUCUCCAAGACCCAUAGCCCCCACACGGCCGAGGGACUCACCAAUGAAUCCCAGAGAGAUUUUGUGCCGCGGCCUGGCUCUGGUUAUGUGCCGGAUGAGAUCUGGAGAAAAGCUGAAGAGGCAGUGAAUGAAGUGAAGCGUCAGGCCAUGGACGAGGUGCAGAAGGCUGUGGCCGAGGCGGAGCAGAAGGCCUUUGAGAUGAUCACGGCCGAGCGCGCCAAGAUGGAGAAGACUCUGUCCGAGGCCAAGAGGAAGGCCACCGAGGAUGCCAUACAGGUCAUCAACGAGCAGGAGGACUCUAGCGAGUGCUGCUGGAACUGCGGGCGCAAGGCCAGCGAGACGUGCAGUGGUUGCAAUGCGGCGCGCUACUGCGGCUCCUUCUGCCAACACAAGGACUGGGAGCGCCACCACCUCAUCUGCAGCCCUGGCCUGCAAGCCCAGCCCAAGCCUGUGUCCGCCAUCACCGCAGCCAGGGCGGCCGCAUCCGCUGCAGACGUUACCACAGGGGUCAAGGCCCCGGAGAGUGUACCAACCGCUGCCAGCCCUGGGGGGGACAAGGGGUCGAUUGCCUCUCGCUCCUCCACCCCGUCCACUCCUGCAUCAGUGUCAGAGAGCAACGGGCACUAAGACUAGGACCAUGGAGGGUGGUAAUGAUACUGGCUCUCACUCAAGAUGGCCUCCGUUCCCCUUUUCUGUUCGUGACUGUUCAUAAUGGACACUAGGACCGGGCGCCCGAAAAUGGCUUCCUUCCUUUGUUUCCCGUUCCUAUCGAACCGGUGAAAGGUGCUAGUGUCUAUUGUUCCAUCGUUUGGCUUUCACCUGACGAAUAACUUUAGUUCAGCGGUUGUGAGGAAGAGGAGACGAGGGAAGGAAGCUGCUUUGAAGACUUACGAUGACACUCAGCUCUGGACACCAACCCCUAAUCUAGCCAAGGAAGUGAUGUCAGACAGAAGUGAUGUCACAGACAUUGAGUGAACGGGGGAGGUCCCUGAUGUCACAGGUCAUGUGAGACAUCAGGGAGAAACUGUGGGGAAGGGUUGCUUUGGCAAUGGUGGGCAGAAGACAGACUCCUCUGCUUUGGGACUCUGCGGAUCCAUCUUCAACAGUUGGACAAACAGACAAUCCACCUCACAGAUGGACACUUGUUUCACUUCAUCCAAAAUAACAAUCCCAAACAGAUAUGAGACAACUAAAGACUGACUCCAGACAAUGUUUUUGUCAUUUUGUUUUAAGAGGACUGGGGGGGGUGUAUGAGAUUUGGACUGGUCAUUUAUACCCAAGGGUGAAAGUGAUGGUCGAAGUACUCACUGCAUAUUUCCAAGUUUCCUGUUUGUGUGUGUGUAUAAAGCUAAGAGAAAAGAGGGUUAUGGGUCUGAGUGACAGUACCAGCUCUAGAGUUCCUCUCCCGCUCUGGAAAUACAUUUUUUUUUGGAGGUAACACAAUAGCGAAAUCACCUCCGGAAUCCUGUUUGUAUGUACAGUAUAGCUGUUCUACUUUUCUUGCUCGCACAAGUUACUUGUCAGGUUCGUUUUUUUUUUUUUUUGUGUGUGUGUGUGCGUGUACGUACACGUGUGUCAAAACGGUUGUGCCGUCGGUGGAUAUUGUAAACUAAAACAUUACUACGAAUUUCAGAGCAAUAUAAAAAAAAGACAAAGUGUUCAGGUAUUCACAAGCUGUUAUGCAUCACCAAAGUUUCCAAUUGCUAAACAAGUGUAAUUUGCCUGUAACUGUCUAUUGUUGUACACAGAAUAAAUAUACAGAAACACUGUU